UCUCCCAUACUUCCUGUUGUGAGGGGUGCGGCUGGAUAUGCUGAGUUCUGAGGACUGAUUAUCCAGCAGGCUGAAAUAAGUAACGACUGACCUGUAUUAUGAAAUUAGACAAGGGAUUUCCUGAAUAUUAGCUUUGUAAACAAAGCCUGAUAUUGGUGUAAAGAGUGGCGGGGAUGCGGCUUCGGAAUGGGAAACAUUUUCGGCAGAAAGAAACGCACGACUCGAGUGACAGAGCAAGACAGAGCGAUAUUGCAACUGAAACAGCAGAGAGAUAAACUCAGGCAGUACCAGAAGAGGAUCAAUGUCCAGCUGGACAAGGAGAGGAUGCUUGCCAAGCAGCUGUUGAAGGAUGGGAAGAAAGAGAAAGCCCUCCUUUUGCUUAAGAAGAAACGCUAUCAGGACCAACUUCUGGACAAGACAGAAAACCAGAUAAGCAACCUGGAGCGCAUGGUUCAAGACCUGGAGUUUGCCCAGAUUGAGAUGAAGGUCAUUGAAGGGUUGAAGAUCGGCAACGACUGCCUGAAAAAGAUGCAUGAGGUUAUGUCCAUCGAGGAGGUGGAAAGGAUCAUGGAUGAGACCCAGGAUUCCAUAGAGUACCAGAGGCAAAUCGAUGACAUGCUGGCGGGCUCCUUGACUCAGGAGGAUGAAGACGCUGUGUUGGCUGAGCUGGAGGCCAUCACACAGGGAGACGUUGAACUUCCUGAAGUUCCAGAUGAGGCCUUACCAGAGGUUCCAGAGGCAGAGGAGGAGGAUGAGGAACCUGAGCGGAAGAAGGAGAGAGAGAAGAAAAAGCCGGAGAGAGAGACGAUGGCCGCUUAGCACCGCUUCUAACCACCAGGGGGCGAACUGCAUACAUCGAUUAUGGGCUGCUGCAAUUUCCCAACCUCCCCAACUUCCAAAAAUCACUCUCAAAACCACACACACACACACACACACACACAAAACACAC